AUGCCGCACUCAGUCACCCCAAAAUCGUCGCAGGAGGAGGAUGUCGACCUCCCCGACGCGCCGGCCACCAAUCCCACCCAGAGUGCCGAUGUGGAAGCUGAUAAGAAGGCGUUGGAGGAGAUGAUGGAUGCGGAGGAUUCGGACGAAGAGUUCUCGUCGUCGGCAGUACCUCAGGAGACAGUGAAACCUGCACCCUCCGCCGGUUACUCCGACCCAGACAUUAUGCGCGCUUUCUACCAGCGCUUGUUCCCAUUCAGACACCUUUUCCAAUGGCUGAAUCAUUCGCCUUCUCCGUCGACAGACUUCGCCCACCGCGAGUUCGCUUUCACGCUGCAAAACGACGCAUACCUUAGAUAUCAAUCCUUCCCGUCCGCAGACCUCCUCCGCAAACAAUGCGUGCAAUUAAUCCCUUCACGUUUCGAAAUUGGGCCUGUAUACUCCACAAAUCCGCGAGAACGCAAAUCUCUCCGCAAUUCGACCGCGUUCAAGCCUGUUUCCAAAGAGCUUGUCUUCGAUAUCGAUAUGACAGAUUACGACGAGAUUAGAACGUGCUGCACUGGUGCUAACAUUUGCCAUCAGUGCUGGUCGUUCAUCACUAUGGCAAUCAAGGUUGUGGAUGUAGCACUCAAGGAAGACUUUGGGUUCAAGCACGUUCUAUGGGUGUAUUCCGGACGUCGCGGCGCUCACGCGUGGGUGUGCGACAAGCGCGCAAGGGACAUGGAUGAUCAAAAGAGGAGAUCGAUCGCAGGCUACCUGGAGUUGUUGAAGGGAGGUGACCAGGGUGGAAAGAAAGUCAAUGUAAAGAGACCGCUGCACCCGCAUCUCGAGCGAAGUCUCAAAACUUUGCGGGCGCAUUUCCAAACAAACAUUCUUCUGGAGCAAGACCCUUGGGCAUCGCCGGAGAAGUCGGCCCGCCUUCUUUCUCUUAUCCCCGACAAGCAGCUUGCGGCGGCCUUACAGAAGAAAUGGGACUCGGCGCCAUCACGACCUUCGGCUCAGAAGUGGGCUGACAUAGACACGCUCGCUUCCUCUGGCGCCUCGAGCACGCUUGACCCGAAAGCGCUCAAGGAAGCCAAGCAGGACAUUCUCCUCGAGUACACGUACCCACGGCUCGAUGCGGAGGUGUCCAAGAAGUUGAACCAUUUGCUGAAAUCGCCAUUUGUCGUCCAUCCCGGCACAGGCCGGGUUUGUGUGCCCAUCGACACGCGUAGCGUCGAAGAGUUCGAUCCACUCGGCGUGCCCACCGUCACCGAGCUGUUGAGCGAGAUCGACGAGUGGAGCCGGGCAAAUGCAGGUGCAAUGGAAACGGAUGAUGCGGCAAAGAAAAUGCCGGAUUGGGAGAAGACGAGACUGCGGCCUUACGUCGAGUUCUUCCGGGGGUUCGUCGCCGGGCUGAUAAAGGACGAGAAGGCCGGCAAGAGGCCCCGGGACGAGGCGGACGGCAUGGAGUUCUGA